UACAAAGUGACCUUGAGCGUCUUCCCCUCUGCACGCGAUUCCCCGCCUUCUCCAUCCGGGUGCCCCGGCGCGGAUAAGAGCCGGACCGCGCCUGCGCGCCCAGCCCCACUCCUUCGACCUCUGCCGCCGCCGCCGCCGCCGCCGCCUCCUGCAAGAGAGCGGGAGAGGAGCCCACGCCGCCUGCCACCCAGUCUCCAGCCGCGCCGCCCCGGGAGUGUAAGAUGUUCGCCUGCGCCAAGCUCGCCUGCAGCCCGGCUCUGAUCCGAGCUGGAUCCAGAGUUGCAUACAGACCAAUUUCUGCAUCAGUGUUGUCUCGACCAGAGGCUAGGACUGGAGAGGGCUCUACAGUAUUUAAUGGGGCCCAGAAUGGUGUGCCUCAGCUAAUCCAAAGGGAGUUUCAGACCAGUGCAAUCAGCAGAGACAUUGAUACUGCUGCCAAAUUUAUUGGUGCAGGUGCUGCAACAGUAGGAGUGGCUGGCUCUGGUGCUGGUAUUGGAACAGUCUUUGGCAGCCUUAUCAUUGGUUAUGCCAGAAACCCUUCGCUGAAGCAGCAGCUGUUCUCAUAUGCUAUCCUGGGAUUUGCCUUAUCUGAAGCUAUGGGUCUUUUUUGUUUGAUGGUUGCUUUCUUGAUUUUGUUUGCCAUGUAACAGAAAUUACUGCUUGAAAUGUUGGCAUUCAUAUUAAUUACGGAUGUAAUUCUGUGUACCUUACUGUGACUCUGAGCACUAUAGUAUUGGUGUCAUGGAAAUAGACAUUAUUUCCAAAGUCAUUUCAUUAAAGAUGAAAACUUUAA